AUGCGACGACAAUGCGGCGGUUACAUUUUCAUCAUCGUGCUAAUAACACUUGGAGUAAUGCUGCAUCUCUUCAAUCACUACAACGCACGAUACACUUCAGUUACACUAACAGGCUCUUCGUCGGAUUCAGCAGAGUUCUUUGCCGAAGUCAACUCUCUUGCCCAUCCACACUGUCUCCAUUUUCGAGAGCGUUUUGCCAUCGCAGUCGACCCCCACGUUGAUAUGGAUAUUGCGUUCACGUUGGUGGUUCAUAAGGACGUGGGUCAGAUUGCUCGACUCCUUCGAAUGAUUUACAGACAAAAUAAUUACUACUGCAUUCAUGCCGACAGGCGUUCAGACUUCUUGUUCACAGAGGCCCUGCGAGGUGUCGCAACGUGUUUCGGAACAAAUGUGGAAUUAGUUCCACAUGAGCAGCGAGUUGAAGUGCAUUGGGGUUACGAAUCAGUCCUUGUGCCCCAAAUUACAUGUGCGAAACAGGCGUUGAGGAGUCACGCUACGUGGAAGUACCUGGUGAAUUUGGUUGGACAGGAUUUCCCACUGCGAACCAACUUGGAGCUGGUGGCUGCACUGAAAGCACUAAAUGGAUCCAACCUCGUUGAAUCUGUCGAACUGGGCAGAUUUGCGUGGUGGACAAAUAACAAGUUGCUGCCAUUAGGAGUGAGUUGCCAUCUGAUGGAUUUGUCGUGUAAUACUCUUUCUGUGAAGUGGCACUCAGUGGGUAAAAAUUUGUCAUGUACACGCAUAACACUGAAAAAUACCAAACUCCGCUUGCCUGGUGCCUGUGUCAACACUCCAUCACCCGAAUCGGAAGUGGGCUACAACUACUUGGCCAAGUUUGUCAUUUGGGGAGGCUACAAUAUGAAUUGUACUACUAAAUAUGUCAGAGGUGUCUGCAUUCUUGGAUCGGAUCACGUGGCAUUGUUGCAGAGUGUGCCGCACAUAUCUGCCAACAAGUUCCACGCUGACUACCAACCAGAGGCAUACGAUGAGAUGGAGCAAUGGUAUUUUCGACCCGUCGCAGCCGAAAUGAAGUCAGGCUUGUAUAACAGAAGCUCAUUUGAUCCAACAAUUUAUUCCAACUUAUCAUGCUCUCAAAGCCAUGUUUAG